CUUUUCCAAUGUUUUCACGAUAACGUCAAAUAUCGGCACACGAGUCCUGCAGGAUUUUAAUAUUUUCACGUCCUGCAACAGAUGCUCGAUUCAGCUGGAGACGAAAAAAUUGUCUAAGCUGAUGUACCGUUUUAGUGAUGUCCUGUCUGAGCGCUUUACACUCUCAAGUGCUGACAUAUCUCUCAGUGCCGCACGAGGUCCUUUUUUUACAACACAAGGUUUUCCGUGAAUACGCCAAAAUUGCCGUGGGACCAGAUUUCAUCCAUACUUUACCGUCAUUCAUAAUCCUUACGGCGAUUGGUAUGACACUUUGGAAAAAUCCGCCGGUUCUCAAAUGGCUCGACUGUAAAAAAUCAUUGUACAAGACACUGCAGAUUUCAGUCAGCUGGUUUUUACUGAACAGCUGUCUUUGGCUCUGGCUCAUUUUUCAAAGAGUCCUUUACUGUUCAGUCUGGUCGUACUGGAGUUACGAAUCCGAAUACCGUGGUACAUCAUAUCCUUGGUGGCAGCGAGUAUGGUCCUCGUAUUAUCCACCUCCUGUACAACCUCCGGUUCUUUCGGCUGGUUUCAUAAGCUGGAUAAUCUCAAUGAUCGUCGCCAUUACCAGUCUCGGUUGCGCAAUUUCAACGUGUCAAGUCUUAAAUUUCCUACAGGACGUUGUAAGCGUCAUUCAGGAUAUCCUCGUACUAGUUUCCGGUUAUCUUCCUUGGUCCCCUGGCAGAAUGCCAAACGCGAUUAUCGCCAGCAAACAAACCGUGGCUGAGGAAAGUGAAGGGAGUUCAGUUUGCGACGAGUGUCGUUCCGAAUUGUCGACGGAAGUGACGCAUCCACGACGCGAGAUACAUCCAAUUUCCUAUGGGACUAAUUGGACGCCCAGACCAAAUUUUUCCAGUCUCAAGGACGUCCCGCGAAAAACGUCCAUGAAGUCCUUGCGGACUGUUAUGGGUAUAACGGAAACUAAGGAACCGGAAGAUAAAUAUUCUCCCCGACAAUUGCGUCAUAGGAGAGGGUGCCAUACAGUGAUACCCAGCAAUUCCAGCGAUAAGUCUAGUGGCUGUUGAAGGAAACGAAAUUUGAAAAUUGCCAUUGAUACGAUAUUUGUAGAAUAUUUAUUUUUGAAUAAAGAUACCCGACGAACGACAAUGAACCGAAUUAGUAAAGGAAGAAAAUAUUCCCCCAUUUCAUCCCU